AUGUUGCAGAUUGAUACGAAACGUAUGAAGAAUCUACAAGGACAAGCUCAAAAACCACAGCUUGGUAAGAAGGUGAAAGUCGGCCGAUCGCCAAGUUUGAGUGCAUCACGCCCACCUCCAAGAGACGAACUCGCCCUUCCUAACAAAGAAACACGUGCCAAGGCCGCUAAGUUGCGAGUGAAUGCGAUGAAACGAUUCAGAAGAGAGGCACGAAAGGGAGAAUCUGAUCGUCAUGUAUACGAUUUGAAGCCAAAACAUUUGUUCAGCGGUAAGCGAAAAAUGGGAAAAACUGAUAGGAGAUAA